AUGGCAUCUCGCAUUACCCACCGAGACUCGGCCUCUGCCGUGGAAAUUCCCCUCGAAGAUCUGGAAAAAGGCAAUUUGGGAUCGCACCCCAGCCCGAGUCCCGAUAACGCUCGCUGGAACGGCUUCUCGCAAUUCCACCCGUCCAACAUUCUGGCAAACCCCAAUGGGCUGGCCCCAAAAGUACCCCAGGAGGACUGGGUGGCUCUCGCAGAAGAUGCCUUCCACCGUUUGACCGUCGCGCUCACCCCCAGCUUCCUGCAGCGAUAUGUAGGCGCCGACCCGCCUCAACCCGCCAAGUUACACGCCAUCGCUGGCCUGGAUGGCCUACGCGGCUGGGCCUGUCUCCUAGUCUUCAACUUCCACUUUUUAUUCACCUACACGUGGAAGGUUGCCAUCGGCUGGGGGUUCGCAAACGAGAAUUUCGGCAUCCACCAAUUGCCCAUCGUGCACAUGUUGAUUUCCGGGCAUAUCAUGGUGGCCAUUUUCUUCGUCAUCUCUGGCUAUGUCCUGUCCUAUAAGCCGCUCAAAACCAUUCGAUCUCGCUCGUUCGACCAAACCUUUACCGUUCUAGCCUCGUCGACCUUCCGCCGAGGCCUACGUCUUUACAUACCCUGCAUGGUUGGCUUGGCCUGUGUCUUCGUGGCGGUGCGUCUUGGCCUGUACAACUAUUCCUGGGGCGUCGUCAAAGAAGGCCACACGAUUCUCGGCACCAACGAGCAACACCCGCCGGUUUAUAAAUCCCUCUACAAACAGUCGUGGGACUGGUACUAUACCGUCGCGCAUCUGCUGAACCCAUUCGAUUGGGGCCUGUACUACAACAACUACAACCCUCACAUGUGGACCAUUCCUGUGGAAUUUCGAAGCUCGCUGGUCCUGUUUCUUACUACCCUGGCCACCUCCCGCCUCACCGCCCGGUUGCGCAUGCCUCUCGUCGGGACACUGACUUGGUUCUGCAUGCGAUAUGGCCGUUGGGAUGUAGUUCUCUUUUUCUUUGGAAUGCUGAUAGCUGAGAUCGACCUGAUCAAUGAAACGUGGGAAAAGCCACACCAGUCAGCAGAACAGAUGCCACAGAUCCGCCUGAUCUUUCGGGGCAAGAUCCUGGCCAGCAUUUCGCGUCGCCGCUUCUGGAUUGCCGUGUUCGUGCUCGGCCUCUAUCUGGGCUCGACCCCCAAUAUCGGCUUCAAGUGGACGCCUUUCUAUCGCUGGCUGUGGGGAGUCACGCCAUGGACCUACCCCGAGCCUCAUCGAUUCCCCCAGACCAUUGGAGCCGCCCUCAUUGUGUUGAGUGUCAACCACUCGCCCGACAUUCAAAAGCUUUUCACCCACCCGCUUUCCCAGUAUCUGGGCAAGAUUUCCUUCGCCUUUUACAUUGUACAUGGUCCAAUAUUGCACGCCCUUGGUUACUCUCUCAUGCCCAGUAUCUGGGCAAUGACAGGCAAAGCAACAAACUUCCAGUACUGCUUCGGAUUCAUGGUUGGCUGGCUGUUCUGCUUACCCCUCUGUAUCUGGGCCGGUGAUGUAUUUUGGCGUGCCGUGGACAUCCCGAGUGUUCGGUUUGCUCGCUGGAUCGAGGACCGUGUGAUCACGAAGGGAUAA